AUGGCCUCUCUUGUCUCUACCGCUGCCAAGGCUGCUCACUCGACAGCUGCAAGCCUGCUCAGCCGCGCACCCAUCAAACCCGGCGACAAGCUCCCUCUGACCACUACCGUCAAGGCGGCUGGUGCACCCCGCGACGCGAUUACGCUCAACGCGACGGGCAAGACCAUCAUUGUUGGCGUGUUCGGAGCAUUCACCCCGCCCUGCUCUGGCCAGGCUCCUGGGUACAUCGAGAAGUACGAGGAGUUCAAGGCGAGAGGCGUAUCCGACAUCUACAUCGUCACCGUCAACGACGCGUUCGUCGUCGGCGCAUGGGCCAAGACUCUCGCACCGACAGACUCGCCCGUGAAGUUCAUCGCAGACGAUUCUGGCGCAUUCGUCGCUGGUCUGGGUUUGAUUCAGGAUUCGCAGGAUCUCGUCGGCGGCCCGCGCUCCAAGCGCUUCGUGAUUAUCGCCAAUGGUGAUACCGUCGAGACCGUUAUCGUGGAGGACGAUACCUCGAAAGUUACGACGACGGCUGCUGACCAUGUUUUGACUCUUCUCUGA